GUAGAGGGAGAAAGAUGGCGCCCACACACGUACUGAGAUGCUGUCAACGGGGUUUAGCAUGGAUACCUGUGAUUUUUAUCGCCCUAGUCGUCUGCUGGUCGUAUUAUGCUUAUGUGGUGGAGCUUUGUUUAUUCACCAUCCCCGAUGUAGGAGAGAAAAUUGUCUACCUGCUCUUCUUCCACGUCUCUUUCAUCAUGUUUGUAUGGUCUUACUGGAAGACCAUCUUCACCAGUCCGGCCAACCCUUCCAAAGAGUUCUGCCUGCCCAAGGCUGAGAAGGAGCGUUAUGAGAAGGAAGAAAGGCCAGAGUCCCAGCAAGAGAUCCUGUGGAGAGCUGCCACCAGUCUGCCUCUGUACACCCGCACAGGAGCCGGAGCAAUCCGUUACUGUGACCGCUGUCAAGUCAUCAAGCCAGACCGCUGUCAUCACUGCUCCGCAUGUGACAUGUGCGUGCUAAAGAUGGACCACCAUUGUCCCUGGGUGAACAACUGUGUGGGGUUCUCCAACUACAAGUUUUUCAUCCUUUUCCUGGCUUACUCUUUGGUGUACUGUUUGUUCAUUGCAGCAACAGUGCUGCAAUAUUUCAUAAAGUUCUGGACACUUUGCCGGAGGAAAUCGGCAGAGAACUGCCCAAAGAAUGAACUGCCAGACAAUCACGCCAAAUUCCAUGUUUUGUUUCUUUUUUUUGUGGCGGCCAUGUUCUGCAUCAGUAUUCUGUCUCUCUUCAGCUACCACCUGUGGCUUGUAGGGAAGAACAGGUCCACUAUAGAGGCCUUCAGAGCACCAGUCUUUAGGACAGGCUCUGAUAAGAACGGCUUCUCUCUGGGUUUCCGGAAGAAUAUUGCUCAGGUCUUUGGAGACCAGAAGAAGUACUGGCUUAUACCAGUCUUUACCAGCCAGGGAGAUGGUCUGACGUUCCCUACACGACUGGUCAAUGCUGAUGCAGAGCAGGCCACAGUGACCCUGCAUCCAGAGCCCAAUAAAAGUGCUGCUGAGGUCCCUGUGAGCCCGCUCAGUGAGUCACAGAAUCGCCUCCUGAGCAACAACCAGCAUGCUAACAACAUCGACGACCAUCUGGCCAAUAACACUCUCAAAUCAGCUGAAAGUGAAACCAUUACAAUCUCCAUGGAGAGCGAGUCCUAACCAGGAGAAACUCCUCAGUCAUCUAAUAUGAUGCCUUAAGCAACGCAGAAGUUUAGUUUGUCACCAUGGCAACAGUCUCCCAGUGUAACCCCAUCCCUACAGACCCAUUUAGAGUAACUAUGGAAAUGCCUUCCUUUCGCCCAUCACAGCCCAGUAAUGCAUUGGUAUAUUUCGCAUGCAGUGUCGUAAGCAAAUCUCACACCUACCCCAUAGGACAUAUGAUACAAGCUUGUUCCCUCUAACAUCAACACAAGUGCACACGUGCAUACGUGCAUACAUGCUAACUGUCACACAUUCAGCUAUAUUCGUAUUUCCUUGUGUUGUUCAGUUUUCUUUUUCUGACAACUGGAGCAUUUACUGAUGAUGAGAAUAUUCAAGAAUCCUGGAGGGAAUCGGAGCUGCUUUUGGUGUUUUAAUGAGAAAACUUUUUUUGUGCCAAAAGCUUCCUGGGUGCACCAGGACAGAUUUUAUAGGCACAAAGCUGCAGUGAAGAGUGGUGGACAAGCUGUGUUUGAUUUGAACAUUUCUUUAGUGUUUUUAAAAAGGCAGUACAUCCUGUGGAGAUGGAUCAGUUUACCCAAGUGACAGUUUUUAGUUUUUUGUUUUCCAACUCAAAAUGUUGGAGCGUAUGUAUGUUCCACACCUUUUAAGAUGGAUGUUUCCCCACCAAAACCUGGACUACAUUACAGGGGACUCUGGCAUAGUUCAGCGGAUUGAACCAGUGCACAACAGGGACGACUGUAUCUGGGUUUUGGAUGGUGUUUUGGAUAUCAGAGCACAAGAUGGCGCAUUUGCACUUUGUAGAUUUAUCAAUGUCCAUCAAACAAUGUGCUGCUUUUUUUUAUCAUGUCCAAAAAGCAUCCCAGGUAUAACAGAUGUUGGAUGAUCAUGUGUUUUAUGGUGUAUUUGUGUGUGUGUGUGUGCGUGUGGG